UCACCAUCAAGUUAUUGCUGUUAAGCAAUAAGGAAGGAGAUAUACACACUUUUAUCUCUUUCCACUUGAACCAUAAAUAAAUAAAUAAAACAUGGCUUCUGGCAUUUCCUUAGAAGAUAUAAGAAAUGAAACAGCCGAUCUUGAGAAGAUCCCCAUUGAGGAAGUGUUCGCAGCGUUGAAAUGUACGAGGGAGGGAUUGACCUCAGCCGAAGGAGAAACGCGCCUCCAUAUUUUCGGGCCUAAUAAGCUGGAGGAGAAGAAGGAUAGCAAGUUCCUCAAAUUCUUGGGCUUCAUGUGGAAUCCUCUUUCUUGGGUGAUGGAGCUUGCUGCUAUCAUGGCUAUUGCUUUGGCAAACGGCGGCGGGAAGCCUCCGGACUGGCAGGACUUUGUUGGGAUUAUGGUGCUUCUCAUCAUCAACUCCACCAUCAGUUUCAUCGAGGAGAACAAUGCCGGAAAUGCUGCUGCCGCUCUCAUGGCUGGCCUUGCCCCGAAAUGCAAGGUUUUGAGAGACGGAAAGUGGUGUGAGCAUGAUGCAUCUAUCCUUGUUCCGGGGGACUUGAUCAGUGUCAAGCUUGGUGAUAUUAUUCCCGCUGAUGCUCGCCUAUUGGAGGGAGAUCCUUUGAAAAUCGAUCAGUCUGCCCUCACCGGUGAGUCCCUCCCUGUGACCAGGCACCCCGGGGAUGAGGUCUUCUCCGGGUCCACCUGCAAGCAAGGCGAGAUCGAGGCGGUUGUCAUUGCAACUGGAGUGCACACCUUCUUUGGAAAGGCUGCCCAUCUUGUUGAUAACACCAACAAUGUGGGACACUUCCAGAAGGUGUUGACGGCUAUUGGCAACUUCUGCAUCUGCUCUAUCGGUGUGGGAAUGAUCAUUGAGAUUAUCGUGAUGUUCCCCAUCCAACAGAGGAAGUACAGAGACGGGAUCGACAACCUGCUCGUGCUGCUUAUUGGAGGGAUUCCGAUAGCCAUGCCCACGGUGCUGUCCGUGACCAUGGCUAUCGGGUCCCACAGGCUCUCGGAGCAAGGGGCCAUCACCAAGAGGAUGACGGCCAUUGAGGAAAUGGCCGGCAUGGAUGUUCUCUGCAGUGACAAGACGGGAACACUAACGCUCAACAAGCUCACCGUUGACAAGGCUCUGAUUGAGGUGUUCCCCAAGAAGAUGAGUCCGGAUACUCUCAUGUUGCACGCGGCUCGAGCUUCUAGGGUCGAGAACCAGGACGCCAUCGAUGCUUCGAUUGUCAACACGCUCGCUGAUCCUAAGGAGGCGAGAGCCGGGAUCACUGAAGUGCAUUUCUUGCCAUUCAAUCCUGUCCAAAAGCGCACUGCAAUCACCUAUUAUGACUCUAAUGGAGAUUGGCACAGAUCUAGCAAGGGUGCUCCUGAGCAAAUUAUUGAGCUCUGUGGCCUCAAAGGGGAAACCUUGAAGAAGGCACAAGAGAUCAUCGACAACUUUGCCAACCGCGGCCUUCGUGCUCUUGGCGUUGCACGACAGACGAUCUCGGAGAAAUCGAAGGAAAGCAGCGGUGAGCCAUGGGAAUUUGUGGGACUGCUGCCUCUGUUCGAUCCUCCGAGACAUGACAGCGCAGAGACCAUCAGGAGAGCGCUGGAGCUGGGCGUCAACGUCAAGAUGAUCACGGGCGAUCAGCUUGCCAUCGGUAAGGAGACCGGGCGAAGGCUAGGCAUGGGCACCAACAUGUACCCAUCUUCAUCCCUUCUUGGACAGAGUAAAGAUGAGUCCAUUGCUUCCAUUCCCAUUGAGGAACUCAUCGAGAAAGCCGAUGGCUUCGCUGGAGUUUUCCCAGAACACAAAUACGAGAUCGUGAAGAAACUACAAGAGAGAAAGCACAUAUGCGGCAUGACAGGAGACGGCGUGAACGAUGCCCCAGCCCUGAAGAAGGCAGACAUCGGCAUUGCGGUCGCUGACGCAACAGACGCGGCGAGGAGUGCGUCGGACAUCGUGCUGACGGAGCCGGGGCUGAGCGUGAUCGUGAGCGCAGUCCUGACGAGCCGCGCCAUCUUCCAGAGGAUGAAGAACUACACCAUCUACGCGGUUUCGAUCACCAUCCGUAUCGUUCUAGGAUUCAUGCUGAUUGCCCUGAUCUGGAAGUUCGACUUCUCGCCCUUCAUGGUUCUCAUCAUCGCCAUCCUCAACGACGGAACCAUCAUGACCAUCGCCAAGGACAAAGUCAAGCCAUCUCCCAUGCCCGACUCGUGGAAGCUUAAUGAGAUUUUCGCGACCGGCAUUGUUCUUGGGACUUACAUGGCUGUCAUGACCGCCGUCUUCUUCUACCUCGCAGCCGAUACUGAUUAUCUCUCUGUAAUUAAACUCAUGAACUCAACUCAAAAAAAAAAAACUACAAUGAUUCAUUCAUUCAUUCAUGCAUCUCUUUUUAUUGGUUUAAGGCAAUUUUCAAAGACUUCAUGCAUCUCUUUUUAUUGGUUUAAGGCAAUUUUCAAAGUGAAGUCUUUGAGGGAAAGUCCGGAGGAGCUUACAGCUGCUCUUUAUCUUCAAGUGAGCAUCAUCAGUCAAGCACUCAUCUUCGUGACGAGGUCACGAAGCUGGUCUUUUGUCGAACGCCCCGGUCUCUUGCUCGUUUUUGCUUUCUUCGCAGCACAGUUGGUGGCAACGGUGAUUGCUGUUUAUGCCAACUGGGAAUUUGCAAGAAUCAAAGGCAUUGGAUGGGGGUGGGCUGGAGUGAUCUGGAUCUACAGCAUUGUCACUUACUUCCCACUCGACAUCCUCAAAUUCUGCAUUCGCCUUGCCUUGACCGGUAAAGCUUGGGAUUCCAUGAUUCAGAAUAAGACCGCUUUCACUACCAAAAAGGACUAUGGCAAGGGAGAGAGGGAGGCGCAAUGGGCCGUGGCUCAACGUACCCUCCGUGGCUUGUCCACUGCAUCAGAGAGCGACAAGGAUCACAUCGAAUUAUCUGCAAUUGCAGAUCAGGCAAGGAGGAGAGCUGAAGUUGCAAGGCUGAGGGAAAUCCACACUCUCAAGGGACAUGUUGAAUCAAUGGUGAAGCUCAAGGGACUGGACAUCGAAACUAUCCAGCAACACUACACUGUGUGAAGAGUCAGCUUUAUGGAUUGAUUCAGAUCGAAGAAGUGCCGGAUACCAGAUAUAGAUGUUCAUCGGUUUCUUUCGUUUCAUGUCAUGAUAAAGAAUUGGAAGGAAGUCAUUUAUAAAACAUUCUUCACUGCUUCUCUCUUCUUUA